CGCGCGGGGUGAAGGGGCAGCGGGAGGUGGCGCCAUUUUGGGAGUGGGGGUUGGCGGCGCUGCCCCUCCCGCGGCCGGGCACGGGCGGGAGCCGCUGCCUGGAGAAAGGAGGAACUGAGAAGCCGGAGGUAUGCAUAAAACACAUACAUCUUGAGAGGUGAGACCAUUGUGCCAACAGUGUUCCUUCCACCAAUUCUGAGGAGACAGUUUCUUCCAUAUCUGACAGUAGUGCUCUAUUCCAGAUGCUUCAUGCUGAAAAUGGAGUAAGGCUCUCGGAGUGUCACGAUGAAAUAAAAACUGAACCGUAUUCUAAAAGGAUGAAGUCAACAGAAGCGACUUGCGAGAAACUCCCUGAUGAUGAUAACCAAGGUAUUCAGCAGGAGGUGGAUGCUGAGAGAACAUCAAGUGAUUGGAUACCAGCGUAUGCCUCAGAUAACCAAGGGCAACAUGAAAUGCAGAAGCAGGAGAAAAUACUGACUGGUGUCUUGGGAUCACUGAAUGAAGUUCUCCUUGAAAAUAAUCCAGUGCUUAGUCAGCCAGUUGAUUCAGAAACUGUGCAGAAUGUAAAUCCUCCAUUUGCAUCGAUAAAUGACACUAAAGUUGAAGAAGAGAAAGACCCUUUUAUUAUAAAUAAUGCUGGUGAAGAUAAUAGUAAAAAAAGUAGUACAUCAUUAUCAGUACAUAGAAAUGCAUCAGAUGAAGAUUUUUUUACAAGCAAAGAAUUUAUAGGACCUAUUUACAAGCCUGCCAAAAGUAACCAACAGGGUGAAUCUGGCAGUUGCAAUGAAUGUAGAAGCAAUGGGGGAGAUGAGAAUGAAUUACAUGAAAACAGACCUAAAAGAAAGGAGGCUAACAAGAUGCAGGCUGUUUCUGCCACUGUACCAGAAAUAGAUGAUGAACUGGACCAGUUCUAUAAAGAAAUUCAUCAGCUGGAAAAUGAAUGUUUAGAUACUAAUCCUCAGGGAAAAGAAAGUGAAAUUUCUCAGGAACAACAGUCUCCAUAUAACUGUAGUCAAAGCUCACAAGAGGAUUGUCAACACAUAUUGUUGGACAGCCCACAGCCAUUUUAUGGGAAUGGACAGCGUUUUCUUGGGGAACAGAACAGUCAGAAAACUAGCAAUGAGCAGCAGUUUGUUGUGGAAACAGAUGGCUGGAAAACUGAAAAUACCUUUAAUGGCCAAGUAGAUGCUAAAAGUUGGAACUGCUCAGUGCCUGAAUUCAGACCUGCUUGGCAGACUAGAGCAUCUUUCACAGUACCUCAGGGACCUCUUCUUCCUAGAUUGAACCAUCAGUCCCGUUUUCAGACACUUAAUUCCUCACCACAAAUUCCAAAUGCUCUCCCUUUUCAGAAUGGGGAACUUCGUUAUGAAAAUCGUCGUAGUUACUAUAGAAAUACUGAUAUCAACAAUCCCGGUCCAUUGCUUGAUCACAAUACCAGCUAUGCUAGUCAUAUUGACAUCCAUACUACUCAGGUCUUCAGAAAUGAAAAUAAUGACCAGAAGGGACUCCAAAAUAAUGGUUUCUGUGAAACCAGAGAAGAGUGUUGGAAGGAUCCAAAAGCUGACAAUACAGAAGGAAUGCGCAGCUUUUCUUCCUUGCAGUUGCGUGAAGAACGAUUUGGUUGUGCACAGAAAUUUCUUCUAAUCUUAAGAGGCUUACCUGGUUCAGGGAAAUCUACACUUUCUCGCAUUCUGCUUGGUCAGAGUUGUGAUGGCAUUGUAUUCAGCACCGAUGAUUACUUCCGUCAGCAGGAUGGAUACACAUAUAAUGCUGCUCAGCUUGGUGAUGCCCAUGAGUGGAACCAGAAGAGAGCAAAGCAAGCAAUGGAGCAGGGAAGAUCUCCAGUUAUAAUAGACAACACUAAUACUCAAGCCUGGGAAAUGAAGCCGUAUGUGGAAGUGGCUCUAGAAAAAGGUUACAGAGUGGAAUUCCAUGAACCAGAUACUUGGUGGAAGUUUGAUCCUGAAGAAUUAGAAAAGAGGAAUAAACAUGGGGUCACUCGUGAGAAGAUUGCUCAGAUGUUGGAACGAUAUGAAUAUCAAAUAUCUGUACCUAUUGUCAUGAAUUCAGUGGUACCUUCCCACAAAAGCACUCAAAGACCACCUCUGCAGCGAAGACAUAGGAAGGCAGUUUUAAAGACGAUCACUGGGCAUCCGUUGACAAAAGCAAAGCAGAAGAAAAAGCGAAAAAGAAACAAAACAAUGGAAACUAAUCACACAGAAAUUAUGAAGAAAAUGUUACACGGAGUAGAUCGUUAUCCAGCUCCAGGUGACCAGGACAGAUCAGAAAGUGAAGAGGAGGAUGUGGAAGAAGAAAACAGGAAAUCAUUGUGUACGUUCAGCAAAGGUCCAGAGGAUCCAGUAACAGUUUGUGAAGAGCAGCCUAACAGUGAUGAUGAAAGCCUAAGAGAAGCUGCAGGGGUUUCAAGAGAAAGGUUUCUGGUUGCUGUGCCUGAGGUCUCAAUGAUGUCAAACAGUGCACUGAAAAACGAAUUGCCUGUAGAAAGUGACAGUUCAUGCUUAAUAGAUGUAAAACUUUUUUCUACUGAAAACCUAACCAAAAAUGCAUUCAAUGAUGAGGAAGCAAAUCAAAGGCACAGAGAAAAUCUUUGCAAAAGCAGUUUCCUAAAAAUAAGCAAUGAUGAAAACUCCAUCCAUGAAACAGAAGGCAUCUCUGAAGAUAAUGACACAUCACUGUUAAGCAUAGAAGAAAAAACGAAAUCGUGUCAAAUUACAUGUGAACCUGACUUGGAAGCUAAGCUGAUAAGUUUAAACAGGGAAGAAAAACAAAUCUGUCAGUGUUACAAUUCAAAGGUAUGUGAUGUUGUGCCCAAUAAUAACGCAGAGGGCAAAGGUGCAUUAAAAGCAGAAGAAACUAGCUCUAAUGCCUGGGCUUGUUUUUCAGUUAAUUUAUCUACUGAGGAAUUGCAGCUGGGCUUUGAUACACAAGUUUCUCUCUCCCCUUGGUCUGAGGAUAAAUUUGUAGGUGAACAAAGACCCCAAAAAAUGAGGAAACCUAAACUAACUCAGACAAACAGUUCACAGCUAAACUGUGAUCAGUCAAAAGAAGGAUUGGUAAAGGAAAAACAUUACGAAACAGAAACUGAGGAGUUUGGCAACAUAAUAAGCAAUGGUAUGUCUGCAUCUCCAGCUGGUGAAGUGCACUUUGAUUCCCUUGUGGAAGCCAGGGCCACCUUCAUGCAGUGUUUGAGUGAAGUAAAUGUUCCAAUAAAUGAUGCUACACCACUUACAUUGAAGAGGAAAAGGUGCAGGAGAAUUGUCAACUUAGCACCAAAGUUUAACCUACCAAGAGAGAUUACUGAUCAUACAGAGAGAGGGAAUGAAGUCCCAGUAAAAGAAAACAUUUCCCAAAAAAGUGUUUUGGAAGUGAAGCAAAAGAACUUCCUAAGCAAGGACCGUGGAGAUGCACAUGAACAGGACUCUGCAUUGCAGGAAUAUUUUGCACCUUACAGUGACACCAAGGCAACCUCUUCCUUACCCACUCCUGAUGCUGAUGCUCUGUUACACAAUAUUUCUCACAUUCAUUCAGGACAAUGUUCUCCUAUAUCAAAAUAUUCCUGCAGUGUUUGUGUAGCUUCCAGAACAAAGGAGGAGCAAACUACAACUCUUAAGAUGCAAGAGGUAGUUGAUAAAAAAGAGGAUGAGAGUGAACAAGUUUCUUCAGAGGUUACAAAUGGCCAACCAGAUAUUUUGUCUUCUGUUAAAAUUGUUUCUGAAUAUCCAGAAGAUUCCAAUAUAUUGGCAAGCUGCAGUGAAAAGGUGAAUGAAGCAGAUGACCCUGAACCAGCAGAGGCCUCACAACUUGAAGAUAAUCAAGAUGUGGAUGUGAAAUGUAGUUUUCUGGGACUUCCCUUAUCAUUAGGAUUUGCCUUUCAGCUCGUGCAGCUCUUUGGUUCUCCAGGUCUUCCACUGGAAUCCUUGUUGCCAGAUGAUUUUAUAGUUCCUCUUGACUGGAAAGUUUCAAAGAUGAUCUAUUUACAGUGGAAGACCUCUGUGGAGGAAAAAGAGAAAGCAAAUGGAUUGCAGAAUGGAAACAGCUUGACGGAUGAUAUUAUUAGUCUUGAAGAUCUAAAUAAAAAUCACCAAGAGAAUCAAGAUUCUUCUGAAACACUUCCAGGCAUGGAGCUGUUUCAAGGGAUGAUAGAAGAGAACAUCAUGACCUGCACCAGCACUGGCUGUCUGGAUGCUGCAUUUCAUCAGUCAUGACUGACUAUCUUAAAUUCUGCGUGAACAGAAACUUCUCACUUUGAUUCCACCAUGGAAGGACUACAGUUGGCCACUAAGGAUUUUAAAUGUGAGGGAUAACCUGGAAGAAAGAAACCACUGUAGAUUUUUUUUUCUUUGUCUGUCUUCUCUCCCACAGCUCCCCAGUAUCAACCUUUCUGUCUAUGUAAUAAUGAUCAAAAUUGAGAUGA